GUUCAGGUCAAAUAAUUGUAUCUUUAUACAGUCAGUGCAUUAAAGUAAAUAAGAAAUAUAAUGAACAGGUUAAAGGAAAAGUGAAGUUAAUUUGUAACAAAUUAAUGUGAUAUGUAACUGUUAGGUUAGAAAAAAAGAACGUUCUUGUCUAAUGAUCCAAAGGACUAACUGAACGUGAUAUUUUCUCAAGGAGGUGAGGACUUCAUUGAGCUGUCUUUGAUUUAUGCAGUUAAAUAGGAAGAGAGAACACAUAACGGUGUGUGACAUAUUAAAUGAUAUGCUUUACUGAUGACAGUUUUGAUGGAUUAAUUAUUUUUUAAUGUACAUUGUUUAUUGUUCGAAUUAAAAAGCAAUGUGUAAAGUUAUGUAACUUUCAUAAUUUGCAAACUGAAUACUAUUUACAAAUGACGUACAGUUAAGUUUAUCAAGAGCAAAUCAUUUUAAGCCUAGUUUAGCUCUAGCAUAAUAAUCUGUUAAAGAAUCUAAAAGCGCAUUCAAGUCUUUCUCAAGAAUGGACACUGUGGAACGGGGAGAUAAAGGUAUCUGAACAAUCGGACAACUAGAAACGAAGUGAUCUGAUCGGAUGAGAAUAUAAAAUUUAUAAGCAGAUCCUUGGGAAGGUUGGAAAUGGCGACGAAGAAAACAUUGAAUAUUAAUCCAGUAUUUAACCACAAGAAGUCAAUAGCGUUGGUGGACACAGCCGAGGAUCUAGUGGACAGUUUAGAUAAUUUGUCUGUCUGUCUUAAACACAUAGAGGAAAGACACGUUCAGAAUAAAUCGGAAGAUUCAAAAGGAAAUACAAGUUUGUACGAAAAACUGAAAGAAAAUCUCGAGGUUGCACGAGAUCUCACAGACACAUUGAAGCGGGAAAAAUGGCGAUUGAGCAGACGACAGAUGAGUAUAGAGCUACGAAUGGGAGAACUGGAAGAAUACAAAACACAUCUGAAACAAGAUAUGACGGAUAUGGAUCAGACAAUGGAGUCCCUGAGCAUGCGCAUCAUUCAACUUGAAGACGCUCUUGUUGAAGCUCAAGAAUUGCAAGAGCUCACUGAAGCUGAAAGAGCAGUCACACAAAAACGUCUUGAUGAAUCGGAGAAAACAAUUAAAGAGUAUGAAGACAAAGAAGCAAAGAUGAUAGAGGAAAUUCGCCAACUUAAACUUGAAAGGAAGGACACUGUUUUAAAAAGACAGCAUAAUGAACUGGCCGAUAGGGUUGAAAUUCUCACGCUGGAAAAUAAGAGCCUUAAAGAUCUUAUACGUGAAAAAGAGGAAACUGAACAACAAACAGAGACAACUGCUGACAGUGUAACUGAUAUUUCUAAAAUAAAUGGACAGAAAGAAUCAGAAAACACAGUGACAGAAAAUAGCAAAUGUGACGACAAUAUAGAAGAUCAUAAUGAGCAGAAAUCUCCAUGUGCACCAGUAAUUACACAAUCUACAGAGAUAGCGUAUGUCUGAAUGGACGAAAAACUGCCACAAAACUUUGAAAAACUCUUCCAUUUAUGGUCCAGUUCAGUUUUAUUUAUUUAAUGUUUUCAGCUGCAUGUUUUUACCUUUAGUUCUGAACUAACAUUUUACAUUCGUUUUAACUGUUUAAUUAUUCUUAAUCAUUACUUCACAGAACAGAUUAAGUGGAAAAAAAGAUUCGAAGUUGCUGGAGAAUAAGAAACAUGUUUGAGUUAUCAAAUAAUUUGUGCAAUACGAUCAAAGAGAAUGUAAGAAUCAUACAAAUAGCUCGAGUCAGUCCUGCUGCUCCAGUCCGUUUAACUCGAACGAGAUCUGUAUCACUGUAUUCGAGUUUUGAAAUAUUUAUUUCACAUUUAGUGUUGGGAUAUUUGAUAAUAAACGGUACUCUCGAC